GCGGCGUUAACGCUCGCGCUUAUCACACUAUCAGUUUUACAAUUCCAAACCCACGAAACCAGUGCUUAUACCCACAAAAAUUUAAAACAUAGUGAUUGAUUGAGGUUAAUUAAAAGAGUGUCACCCAAGAUGUCGGAUCACGAGCUGACCGAAGAUGAUCAUGAGAUCAACGUGCUGGAUACCGACUCGAGGUUGUCCCACAGCGAUAGUGAACCCAGGAGUCACUGUUCAUCACCUGAUAAUGUUGCGUCUUCACAAGCAGCUACCAACACCACACUUCCCUUUAGUAUCUCGAAUUUGCUAGGGAAGAAUUUUGAUCAGAAGGCUGGUGAGGUUGGAGUUGAUGUGGAUGUGGCCCAUAGUUUCUAUCAACAUGCUAGUAGUAUGCUACAUCAGCGGAGCGCUGCCGCCGCUUUGGGUGGGUUUGUCCCUUCUGGGUUCUAUGGUCAAGGAGUACUAAGGGUACCAGCACAUCGUCCCCUAGGUUCGACAAGUCCCGGAGGUGGUGGAGGUGUUUUUCCUUCACCUUGGAGCACUUUGGGACUUGAUCCUGUUCUGCAGAGAUCAGCGGCCGCUGCUGCGUUUGCUUCACAAGUUGUUAAGGAUAGAUUAGCUGCGACGUUUCCCAUGACGAGACGAAUCGGCCAUCCGUAUCAGAAUCGAACGCCGCCGAAGCGAAAGAAGCCGCGCACGUCCUUCACCCGCCUGCAGAUCGCCGAGCUGGAGAAGCGGUUUCACAAGCAGAAGUACCUCGCGUCCGCCGAGCGUGCCGCCCUGGCGAAAUCGCUCAAGAUGACCGACGCGCAGGUGAAGACGUGGUUUCAAAAUCGGCGGACAAAAUGGAGGCGGCAAACGGCAGAAGAACGCGAAGCAGAACGACAAGCCGCCAACAGACUGAUGCUCUCCCUACAAGCGGAGGCGUUGAGCAAGGGCUACAUGCCCGGCGAGGGUGGGGGCGGUGGUGGCGCCGCCGCCGCCGGCCCGGGCGACACCGCACUCAGCGCCCUCCAGAACCUGCAGCCGUGGGCCGGCCCCUACAGCAAUCCGCAGCCACCUCUCGCCGAAUCGAUCUGCUAAUAAUAAAAAAAUCAACAUUUUUAAACAAAAACAAAAAUCCAACAAAAAAACGAACAAAAGUAGCUAAAGCUUUAAUUUUUAUCUGAGGAAUUAAAAGUAAAAACAACACACAGAGAAUGACUGAGAAUGAACAGACAACAGAAGAAAAAAAAAAUGUUGGCGAAAAAAAAAAAACAUACAGGAUGUUCGAAGAAAAAAAAAUUGUGAAUAUUUAAUUAAUGAAUUAGCUCGUAAGCGCUGAGAGGAUAAACAAACACACGUGUAAAUAUAGUUCUUAGUGAUGAUGAUAUUUGAUAACAGUGAUUGUAAUGGUAAUUACGUUCUAAGUUAAGGCUUUAAAGUUAAGUUAAGUAUUCGUAGUCGAUAAGUGCGCAACAGUGAAUGAGUGAAUGGCAACAAGAUGGAAGACUGAACGUGACACUUGAUAAUUAUUACCUAACCGAGGAGAGAAACAAUCUGUAAAAAUAUCAGGCUAGGCGCAGCGUGAGGUACUUAAUUAAUCGUUAAUUCAAAAAAACGCAUGAUUAAUAAAAUUAAUUACACACACACAACACAUCAACACACACAUUAAACACAUAGUGCAAUAAUUUAUUGAUCCAUGGGACAAAACGGAGAGAAUAAUGAAGAAAAACACAAAUAAAGAUAAGACAAUUAUA